AUCAGGGAAUACCGUCUGUCAUCUUCAUAUAUAGCAGAGUAAAACCUAUUCCGGGUUGUACUGAAGUCUGUUGACAUCAGGCUGUUGCUAUAAUGCCAAACAGAAGAGAUGGCUCUGAGGACUCCACAGGGGACCUACCACCUCUACAGAAACUUGAUUCUCCAACAGGGAGCCCACCAAGCUCCUCAUUAUCCCGACUGAUUGAGCUGGAAAACUGCGUGUCCAACCUGAGCCUCGCACAUGAAAUAGUGGUGAACAGAGACUUCAGUUUCAAACCUAAUAGCCCUUCCACCAACAGUUUGGAAGGAAAAGUGACUGAAAUAGUUCACAGGGCUUUUUGGGACUGUUUGCAGCAACAGCUCAACAGUGAACCACCAGACUACAGCCAUGCCAUGGUACUGCUUCAAGAGAUCAAGACGUUGCUUGAAUCUCUGCUGCUGCCGGGCCACGUGAGGCUGAGAACAGAGCUGAGCGAGGUGCUGGACAUGGAGCUGAUCAAACAGGAGGUGAGUCAGGGAGCACUGGACUUGAACAGACUCGCAGCAUACGUCAUCAACACGAUGGGCUCCCUGUGUGCUCCUGUGAGAGACCAAGAGAUCAGGGCACUACACCACCUACAGGAACCUGUGGAGCUCUUCAGGGGCAUUUUCCACAUGUUGGGGCUCAUGAAGAUCGACAUGGUGAACUUCACUGUCCAGACAUUGAGGCCUCACUUGAUGCAGCAGGCAGUUCAGUACGAGAGAGCCAAGUUUAAACAGAUUCUGGACAAGGAUCCUGCCUCUCUGGAUAACACUGUGGCUUGGCUCUGCACGGCUGUAUCAGAGGAGAUGUCGUCUGUCAGAGAUGGUCCUGUCAGCGCCAUGUCCGUCCUGAACAGAGCCUACAUGCAUUUGCUGCGCUGGAGCUCACUGGACCAGAAAUAUCCCGAGACUGUGCUGAUGGACCGGGUCCGGCUGGAUUCUCUGGGGGAGCAGGUCCGGAGUCUGGUUCUAGACGCGUCAGUGCUGUUGGUGACCCAUGCUCAGUGCGGAGGGGCUGUGUGGUCUCUGCCAGGGUUUGUAGGUAAACUCAAGCAGUCCAUCACUGCCCUGCUAGAAGGCAGUCACAGCAGUGAGGCUGACCUUAGGGGGGCACUGCUGAGAGUUGCUGAAAAAGUGGUGCAGCAGGUGAAUGAAGCUCGAUGUAGCCAAGAAAACACGUCACUUCCACAAGAGAUCCAAGAGAUCCUCAAAGGACAAAUAGAAGAGCUGUGGAGGGAUGAUAACCCUGUCCGCAUUCUCAUAGGAGAGAGGGUACAGGGCUUCCUUCAGGCCAUGCUGCAGGGGGGCCCUCCUAAAAAGAGUCCAGAACUGGCCUCCCCCCUCAGGCUGCUCAGUGCUGACUUGGCCGAGUUGGGAAGGGCCUUUGGGCAAAUUGUCCACUUCAACCGCUCCGUGUUUGGGCCCUUCUAUGCACCCAUACUUAGAAGAGCACUGAUCCCAUCAGAAGAGCCUAAGACCGCAGACGACCACCGCUGAGAAGAGGGUGACCAGGAGAACUGCAAUUUAAAAUGUC